AGUGCGGGGAGCCCGGCGUUUCCUGCGACGAGGCUUCCACGCCAUAUUAUUUGUCGAUUGUCGAGAGUCUACCGAGGAAACGGAGCGCGUGGCGACGCAUUUCGUUUUCUGUCCGACACAGAUCCACGGUCGAGGGACUUUGGCGAUGAGCGAUAUCGAGAGAAGUGGCAGUCGCAGUGCAAGCCCCCGUCGACCACGAACUGCGGACGGUGGCCUAAGAGACUCGCGAUCGCAUUCGAGAUCGCGUAAGUCGCGCGAGCGGAAGGAGCACAAAGAGGUCAACAAAUACUCGAGGUCGCGUAGUCGAUCCGCGUCACGCGGUCGCAAGUCGUAUCGGGGCAGCAAGUAUACCGUUGGUCACCGUAGUAGCCGCAGCCGAAGUCGUUCGCCAUACCGCGGCAGUCGUUACUCCCGUAGUAGAUCUCGCUCGUACUCGCGGUCGCGGUACUCUCGCGACCGACACGUGUACCGGUCACACUCACGCAGCCCGAUGUCAUCGAGGCGGCGGCACAUUGGUAAUCGCGACAAUCCUUGCCCUUCCCGUUGCCUAGGUGUCUUCGGACUCUCAAUUUUCACGACUGAACAGCAAAUCCAACAUAUAUUCUCGCGAUAUGGCCCAGUAGAACGAGUACAGGUCGUUAUCGAUGCAAAGACUGGACGCUCUAGAGGAUUUUGCUUUGUAUAUUUCGAAUCGUCCGAGGAUGCUAAAGUGGCUAAAGACCAAUGCACCGGCAUGGAAAUUGACGGGAGACGAAUCAGAGUAGACUUCUCUAUUACGCAACGCGCUCAUACUCCUACUCCGGGAAUAUACAUGGGAAAACCUACGCAUCUGCAUGACAGAAACUGGGAUGCUCCGAGACGUAGAGAAGUUAGCUACAGAGGAAGUUAUCGUCGCUCACCCAGCCCAUACUACAGCCGUCGACGUUCACGUUACGACCGCUCUAGAUCGCGCUCCUAUUCGCCGCGUAAGUACAACGCCCACUUAAAUUUGCAAUUUGCAAUAUAAGCUGUCUACAUGGAUAUAUGUGUCUCAUCCUUGUACUAAAUUUAUGUUAGAACACGAGAUUAUAUACGUCUAUAUACAGGGUGUUUCAAGGAUAAUAAAGUUGCAUGAAAGUUCGUGAAAAAUUGAUUAAUAAAAAAAUUAAUAAAAGUGCAUGCCACUUUUUUAUAAAGUAGUUUCUAUAUAAAGGUUUUAAGGUAUAACCAAUCGUAAGCAUUGAUUAAAAAGCCAUCUGUCCGUGUGUCGUGCGCGCAAUGGUAUUAGAUAAUUAGAUGUCAAACAAAACGUUGCCGCUGUACGCAUACUACUGCACGAUCAUACUUUUUAACCAAUGUAUUGAUUAUACCUUAAACCUUUAUAUUUAAGAAACUACUUUAUAAAAAAAACGGCAUGCCCUUUUAUUACUUAAAUUUUUCACGAAUUUUUAUGCUGCAAUUUUAUUAUCCUCGGGACACCCUGUAUAUGUAUAAAACUGCAAAUUAUCUAGCAAAAACUUCAUAUUUUCGUAAUUUCUUGCACAACGGUGCUUACUGUAAUGUACGUUUAUUUCUCUUAUCUCACUUUUUUGUUUUACUGAACACUUUACACGAAAAUUUUACGUGGAGAAGAAUUCUCGCAUGUUUCAUAACGUUUAUUUUUCUAGAGAAAGACAUGACUUCUCAUCAUAAUUCUUUGUUACGGCCGGGCAUCUUGCUGUGUUAUAUACAUUAAUUAACUGCUUUGUUGAAGAUAUUUAUGAAAAUUAUGAAAUCUAAAAGAAAUUAAUAUAUUGCGUAAAAUACUUAAAAAAAAAUUAAAAUAUUUAAUAUAUAUAUCGAUGCUGCUUACUAUUAAUUUCAAGAGACGAUUUUGCACGCGAUAUAUCUUAUUACGUUGAAAAAUUCGUCGAGCCAUUUACAAUAUAAUGCUUCUUUCGGAUUCAUAUUUUCGUAGACCGCUUAUAUUUAUCGAAACGGUAAUGUUAAUUGGAUUACAAAGUAAGCACUUAAGUUAGCAAGAAAUCGGCAGACGGGAGCAUCAGAGAAAUGCGCUCGAUAAAUCGUACGGUAGUAGCUAAGCAGCAAUCCGUAACUUGCGUAAACAAUCAUGGUUUUUUUGUUGCUUAAUGAAUUUCAGGACGCUAUUAGUCAUGCAAGUGAUGCGAGGCCAGGUCCUUUCGGAAGAUCCGAUGAGUUUGACCCAAAUAUUUCGUCAACGGGUCAAAAUUAUUAAAUUAACAAAAUCACAUUAUAUUACUAUUCUUACCUUACCUAAUCCUGCAUCCGUAUGCAGAUAUACAAUCUCGCAAGCGUUUUAGUUACACUACUAUAAACAGUAUCUACUAUACAGUAUAUACUAUAAACACUAUUGACAAAAAGAAAAAUGUAAAAUGUAGUAAAGUGUAGCAUACCGUUUGCACGAAAACCAGUAAGGUUAGAAUAGAUGUAAAACCUUAUUUUCAUAAGUUUAUAUCUCUUCCUCUUAAUGUUAUGAAGAUAAGGUUUCAAUUGUGUAAUAAUACAGGCUAUAAUGUGAGCUGGAAUAUAAUUGAGUGCUCGAUAUUUGUGUUGUCUCUAGCUUACAGUUGUAUUCCAGCCGUUGACUAGAAUCUUUUAAAAAAUGUGAAAAAUUCUCUCUUUAACGAAAAAAAAAAAUAAA